AUGACCGAUAGCCGAUCUGAUUCCGAAGGUGGCUCACGGGCGAAGCGCCAGAAGAUGGAUGCUGGGGACCCAAAGAACAACCCCUACCUCGCUCACAUGUAUGAGAACGACAAUGGCUCCGAGAGCACAGUUCUGUCCAAGUUCAAGCGGCACCAAACCACCGCCGCGAUGGCGAGAAAAGCCGAAGAUGGUGAAAUCAACCCUUUCACUGGCCGACCUUUCUCCAGCAAAUACUUCUCAAUCCUGAAGACUCGUCGUGAUUUGCCAGUCCAACAGCAACGUGAUGAGUUCUUGCAACUCUACCAGCAAUCCCAAAUCCUCGUCUUCGUCGGUGAGACUGGUUCCGGCAAGACCACCCAGAUCCCCCAAUUCGUUCUAUACGAUGAUCUCCCUCAAACUCAGGGCAAAAUGGUCGCUUGUACACAGCCCCGUCGUGUGGCUGCCAUGUCUGUCGCCCAGCGUGUCGCGGCAGAGAUGGACGUCAAGCUUGGAGAAGAAGUUGGUUACAGCAUUCGUUUCGAGGAUAUGACCGGCCCCAAGACUAUUAUGAAGUACAUGACCGAUGGUAUGCUUCUGCGCGAGGCCAUGAACGACCACAACUUGUCGCGUUACAGCACGAUCAUGCUCGACGAGGCUCACGAAAGAACUAUGGCCACCGAUAUCCUGAUGGGUCUUCUGAAGGAAGUUGUGGGACGUCGACCUGAUCUGAAGAUCAUUAUCAUGUCUGCUACUCUAGACGCCCAGAAAUUCCAGCGCUACUUCCUAGAUGCGCCCCUUCUUGCAGUGCCUGGUCGUACCCACCCUGUCGAGAUCUUCUAUACCCCCGAACCCGAACAAGAUUAUGUCGAGGCUGCGGUACGGACUGUGCUGCAAAUCCACGCCACCGAAGGAGAGGGAGACAUUCUUCUGUUCUUGACUGGUGAAGAAGAGAUUGAAGAUGCUGCGCGCAAGAUCGCACUCGAGGGAGAUGAGAUGGUUCGCGAAGCCGACGCCGGUCCUCUUAAGGUCUACCCUUUGUACGGUAGUCUUCCGCCACACAUGCAACAGCGCAUCUUCGACCCUGCGCCUCCUCCUCGCCGGCCAGGCGGUCGCCCAGGCCGUAAGGUCAUCGUGUCCACCAACAUUGCCGAAACAUCUUUGACCAUCGAUGGUAUCGUGUACGUCGUGGACCCCGGAUUCUCCAAGCAAAAGAUCUACAACCCCCGCAUUCGUGUCGAGUCUCUCCUCGUUUCACCUAUUUCCAAGGCCUCCGCUCAGCAGCGUGCUGGUCGUGCUGGUCGUACACGUCCCGGAAAGUGCUUCCGUCUCUACACCGAGGGUGCUUUCAAGAAGGAAUUGAUCGAGUCAACAUACCCUGAGAUCCUCCGAUCCAACCUGUCAUCAACGGUCCUCGAAUUGAAGAAGCUUGGUAUCGACGAUCUUGUCCACUUCGAUCUGAUGGACCCACCUGCCCCCGAGACUCUGAUGCGAGCAUUGGAAGAACUGAACUACCUGGCCUGUCUGGACGACGAUGGAAAUCUCACCCCGCUAGGCCGUCUAGCCUCCGAGUUCCCUCUCGACCCCGCCCUCGCGGUUAUGUUGAUCAGUUCACCCGAAUUCUACUGCUCCAACGAAAUCCUCUCCAUCACCGCCCUCCUGUCCGUGCCACAGGUCUUCGUCCGCCCUGCCGCCAACCGCAAGCGCGCCGACGAGAUGAAGAACCUUUUCGCCCAUCCGGACGGAGACCACCUGACAAUGCUGAACGUCUACCACGCAUACCGCGGCAGCGACGCCCAGGCCAACGCAAAGCAGUGGUGCCACGACCACUUCCUCUCCCUGCGCUCCCUCCAAUCCGCCGACAACGUGCGCUCUCAGCUGCUGCGCAUCAUGGAACGCGAGGACUUAGAGAUGAUCUCCACCCCCUUCGAAGACAAGAAGUACUACGAGAACAUCCGUCGUGCUCUUUGCGCCGGUUUCUUCAUGCAAGUCGCCAAGAAGGACACCGGCGGUAAGAGCCAAUACCUUACCAUCAAGGAUAACCAGAAUGUCCUCCUGCACCCCUCUACCGUGUUGGCUCACGAGGCCGAGUGGGUCUUAUACAACGAAUUCGUCCUCACAACCAAGAACUAUAUCCGUACCGUGACUGCCGUCAAGCCUGAGUGGCUCUUGGAUAUUGCCCCUACAUACUAUGAUAUCAACAGCUUCCCUAAGGGUGAUAUUCGCUCUGCUCUCACUCGGGCCGCUGAUCGUCUCGCCCGCAAGGAGAAGAUGCGCGCCGAGAAGCGCAAAUAG